AUGGGCAGCAGCGAGGCGGCACCUUCUGCGCUCGUCGACUUUCUCGCCGGCACCGCAGGCGGCGUGGCGAGUCUGCUCGCUGGGCAUCCCUUCGACACGGUCAAGACGCGCCUGCAGACACAGCCGGCACUCAGCAGCGGCAGCAUCCGCCUGGCCCUCGAUGGCGCGCCGCAGCACUCGCCCGUGUAUCGCUCGGCGACCGAUGCCUUUCGCGUCAUUGUGCGCGAGGAGAAGCUCGUCGGCCUGUACAAGGGCGUGACUGGUCCACUCCUCGGCGUCGCAGCCAUGAACAGCUGUCUCUUCACCGUCUAUGGCCUGGCAUUGCGCGUCCAGCUCCAGGGCAGCGGUGCCGAAGGCGCGCUGGCGCUGGGAGAUGUGCGGCAGCCCAGUCUGGCGGAAGUCUUCAUCGCCGGCGCAGCCAGCGGUCUCGUGACAGCCCUCAUCACGACGCCCAUCGAGCUCGUCAAGAUCCGCGAGCAGCUCGACGUACGCGUCUCGGCGUCUGCGCGGCCCUCGACGCUGCAGGUCGUGCGCGCCAUCUGGACGCAGCACGGCAUCAGAGGCCUGUACCGUGGCUUCGGCGUGACAUGUCUGCGCGAUAUUGGCUAUGGUCCGUACUUCUGGUCGUACGAGGCGAUGAACCGCAUGCUCCUCUCGCAACGACACGGCCCGGCGUCGCUCGACGGCGGCCUCACCAACGUCGAGCUGGCGCUCUCGGGCGCCGCCGCCGGCGUCGUGGCGUGGCUCUCGACAUUCUGGGCCGACGUGCUCAAGACGCGCGUGCAGGCCUCGGCGGCGCAGCCGGGCGUGCGAGGCACGCUGCGCGCCGAGGCGGCCGCGGUGUGGGCGGAGGGAGGCCCGCGAGCCUUCUUCCGUGGCGUCGGACCGACGCUGCUGAGGGCCAUCCCGGCCAACGCGGCUCUCUUCCUCACUUAUGAGCUCGUGCGCGGCAGUCUCGCCGCACAGGGCCUCUAG